AGUAAUUCUUGUGCCAAAAUUUAUUAGAAUGUAUUAUCAAUUUCAAAAUUCUGGAUUGCUACUAUGUUUAAUUUACUUAAAUGCCCAUCUUUAUGACACAGUAUCAAAUAAAGACUAUGGUAAAGGUACUACGCAAAAUGAGAUAAAGUUAAUGAUUGUAGGAGGCAUUCCCACUCAAAUCACCGAAUACCCUUUUAUGGUUUCUUUGAGAGUGAAUAGCAGGUAUGUCUGCGCCGGCAUCAUCCUUGAUUCUAACAAAAUCUUAACCGUGGCCCAUUGUUUUAGACCGAGUAUACCUCACUCCUUAUAUUCGAUUCAUUGUGGUAAAUCUAAGAAAUAUGGGAACGAACCCAACGAAAAACUUCUGUCCAUAAAAUCGGUUAUCAUUCAUGAAGGAUUUGUUAGGGAAGAUGGCCUGAGGGAUGCAUUUAAAUAUGAUAAUGAUAUUGCUAUAGUUAAGCUAAAUGAAUCAUUAAAGUUUACCGAAAAUAUUACUAAUGCUGUACUUCCCAAAUACAACGAAAAUUUAACCCCUGGCACCUAUUGCUGUGUGGCAGGAUGGGGUGACACAAAUGAUGGUGGUGAUCAAAACAACCUAAAUGAGAUUUGUAUACCUACUUGGAAUAGGAUAAAAUGCAAUAUGAAGCAAUUUCACAAUAGUAAAAUUUCACCAAAUAUGAUCUGCGCGGGAGAAGAAGCUGGAGGGGUAGAUGCCUGUCAAGGUGACUCUGGUGGAGCCUUGUUCUGCACAACUACAUCUGGGAAAAAAGUUUCGGGUUUAGUGUCUUGGGGAAAAGGCUGUGCCGAAUCCGACAAACCUGGAGUUUAUGUUGAUCUAUCUAAAUAUAUAAAAUGGAUUGAGAGAAAUUCGAAGAAAUUAUAAACUGGAUAAAUAUGAAAUUAUUUUUUAAAAGUUUGAUGAUAACGAUACCUGUAUAUUAUUCAUUUCAUAUAUUAUUUAUAAGACUUUUCACCAGCUUUUUAUUAGAUAUAUUUAUGUACCUUCUAUUUUGUUAUCCUUGCAAUUCAAUUUAAUACCUAUUUACGAAAAUGUGACAAAAACAAAAAUA